CUGGGAGUGCAGAUCGGGGGAGGUUUCCUUUGAUAAAGGGCACUUUAUACUCCACUUCAGAGGGAACUAUUCUAUUGAACUACUUUAUGAAACAUUCAGGAAUCCUGAAGUGUGGAGCUCGCUGGUAUCCUCACUCGGCUACUAACAUAGUGUGGAACCUUAAACCCUAAGUCAUCAGUUCCCAUUAAUAAAGCAUUACAUUUUUAAGGCUAUAGUGAAGUUUAGACUCGUUCUUCUUUCAAAUAUCUUCAUGCUUUUGUCUUCAAAUGUUUAGUUGAUGUCUUUGUCUACUGAUUUUUUGGGAUCUGUGUACCUUAUCAAUAUGUUACCAUGGCAACAGUCCUGGCAGUUAUUUCAUCAAGAGAGUGUGACAUAUCAUUUUCUCAUCUAAACCGUUAUUUAGAAAAUCUAUUUUCAAAAGGCCUGGAAGAAACAACAUGAACUUAAGAACACUGUGCCUGUUUUUCUUUAGAAUUGAAUGUGCAAUUGGAAGUUCAGUGUUGCAUGCAGAUACUUCCAACGUUAUGAGUUUUAAAGCAAACCUUGAAUUAUAUAUUUUUAAAAAGCAAUCAAAGUGCAUUUCCUUUGUGUAGGGUGAGCACCGUGUAGCAUAAUCAUGCACUUUGAAGUAAUUUGCUUUGUUUCCCCUUCAUUUGACAUGAUGCAUCCUGUGGAAAGAUAUGCUUCAAAUAAACAGUGUCAAUUAUCUCAGUCAUGAGCAUAAGGGGAGUGAUUAUUCUUAUCAGAAAUGACAAUGAUGACUUUACAAGCACAUGGUGCAAGCUAAGGACGUUUCCAUCUACCGCUAUUAUCCCCAAGUAAUUCAUUCAGAUGCAAUGUGGCAUAAAAAAUACCAUUACACAUUACACAGCAAUUCAUUGGAAGCAUGUGUCUUGUUUUAGAUGAAAUGUAACUACCAAUCAAACGAGAAGAACAAUCAGAUGCAAUUCCUGUCAGGUGACAUCCCGGCCAACCUUUGCCGGGGGGCCGGAGUGGGUCCGGUGGGCAGGAGUCCAGCUCUGUGGAGUACUGGAGUACUUUCAACCAUGUCAGGCAAGAAGAUGUCCAGCGAAGUAAGCGACUUUCCUGCCCCGCUCACACGUGAACCAUCGCCUAAGCACUGCCAUAAAGUGUGUGACGUAGCUCCACCAUUGAAAGGGCAGACAGCUCAGUCAGACGCUGUGGUUCCACACGGGUCAGAUUCACCUGGCAACGGCGUCCCGACUCUGAAAGCUCCCGAGGAAACCUCUGGGAUGGAGAGGCUGCUCAAGAAAUGUCAGAUCAGAAGCCAACUGGUCAGGGAGUGCAUGGCCGAGUGCCUUGGAGUCUAUGUCCUCAUUCUGUUUGGAUGCGGCUCCGUUGCCCAGGUGACCACGACUGAAGAUAAAAAGGGACAGUACCUGUCAAUCAAUCUGGGUUUUGCCAUGGGAGUAACUUUUGGGGUCUUUGUGUCUCGUGGAGUCUCAGGUGCCCAUCUGAACCCUGCAGUCACACUGAGCCUGUGUGUUUUGGGGAGACAUCCCUGGAUGAAGUUGCCUUUCUACUCGUUCUUCCAAGCGCUCGGAGCCUUUCUGGCUGCAGCCACCGUCCGCCUUCAGUACUACGAUGCCAUCAGGGUGUACAGCGGAGGUGAGCUGACCGUGACGGGCCCCACUGCCACAGCGGGCAUCUUCGCCACCUACCCUGCUGACUACCUCAGUGUGUGGGGAGGAAUCGUGGACCAGGUGAUCGGCACGGCUGCACUGCUGCUGUGUGUCCUGGCUCUCGGAGACCAGAAGAACAGCCACGUCCCUGAGGGUCUUCAGCCCGUCCUGGUGGGAGCAGCCGUGCUGGUCAUUGGCAUCUCGAUUGGCUCCAACAGCGGCUACGCCCUCAACCCCGCCAGGGAUUUUGGACCUCGGCUGUUCACGUACCUCGCUGGCUGGGGAGAGGAGGUUUUCAAGGCUGGAGGUGGUUGGUGGUGGGUGCCCAUAGUGGCUCCCUGUGGUGGGGCGCUGCUGGGAACUCUGAUCUACGAGUUGAUGAUUGAAGUCCACCAUCCUCUCAGUCUAUCUGAAGAACAGAUGCCAUGUCAGGAGCCCACUGAGAGCAAGAUGGGACUGGAGCUGGGGGGGUUGGAGAAAGACUGAAAAAACCACUCAG